AUGCAACCUGGAAGAAAAGCUCCUUCUAAACCAAAGUCUACUUCCCUCUGCUCACCAGUGGCCAUCCAGAAGAGGUCCAAAGUCCACGGUGUGGUGAUCACUCAGCAUGUUGAGAAAGUUCCGCUGGGAAAAUCCACGCCCGACUUCGUCCGGAAGCCAAUGGCCAUGACUGUUCAUGAAGGGAAAAGAGCCUUUUUCAAAGCCACCGUGGAAGGCGACCCUCAGCCCACGGUCACAUGGGGGCGAGGCAAGGAGGAACUCAUCAACUCGGACGAGUUCCGCAUCAAAUUUAACGAAAAAUCCAGAGAAUGCCUCCUUGAGAUACCAAGUGUGAAGGCAGAAUAUGCUGAGGUCUACAAGUGCUUUGUCACCAAUGAAUAUGGACAAGCUGUUUGCAACGCCACUCUCAAGGUCAUUAAAGGAAAAGAGGAUACGACUCAGGACUUCCGAUCAAUGCUGAAGAAAACUAAGGUUGUCACCAGGAAGAAAAAGCUGGCGGAAGAUGGAGAGAUCGAUCCCAAACUCUGGGAACUCCUUCUCAGCGCUCGAAAGAAAGAUUACCAAAAAAUAUGUUUGGAGUUUGGGAUUACCGAUUUCCGCUUUUUGCUGACAAAACUGAACCAGAAGAAAAAGGCGAGGGAAGACGAGCAGGCAAAGGUUGUCGAGAAUCUGAGAAAUUUCAAAAGAAUCGAAAUGACACCCCUCAAACGGGCAGCAUUCAGCCUGGAAAUGACCGUACGGAAUCCCAACAGCAAAAUUUAUCUAUACAAGGACGGUAACAUGGUCCAGUUCGGUAGCGAUGACAAGUCCAAGUAUCGCCUGCUGAAACGUGGAGACAAGUACUACUUCAGCAUCAAAGAUCCUAAGCCAGAAGACGCCGGCUUCUACCAGGUGGAUGUUGAUGAUACAACAGUUUUUUCCACUCACUUCCGAGUUCCUGAAGUGGACUUCGUAGACAUGAUCAAGGACGCCAAAGCCGUGGAAGGCAAAGAUGCGACUUUUCAGUGCGUCCUGUCAGCGCCCCUUAACGAGGUCACGUGGUCAACGCCCGACUCGUCGCUUGAGCACAGCGACAAAUACGAGAUGACCGUCUCAGAGGACAAACUCGUUCACACGCUGACAAUCAAGAACUGUGACAAGUCAGACCAUGGACAGUACUUUGCCUUUGCUGGCACCGCCUCCUCCAGUGCCAUGCUCAGGGUGGAAGCGGAUCUGGACGCUCUUAAAAUUCCGAAAGUCAAGAAAACCGAAGCUCCGAAGCCCGUGGCUGAAACCGUUACGGAGGCAAAAAGUCCGAAAGAAGACGUGGAAAAGGAAGUCGUGGAAAAGGAAGUCAUGCAGGAAGAUUCUAGCAAAGAGAUUACUGAAAGUGCAGAGGAGCCCAAGAAAGCUGAUGAAGGCGUUCAGUUUGUCAGCGGACUGUCAGACACCUCAGCAGACAUCGGCCAACGGGCAGAGCUGUGUUGUACAUUAAGUACUGAGGACUCUCAGGGAAAAUGGUACAAAAAUGGUAAACCGCUUACCGGUGGGGACGGGCUCAAGAUAACCCAAGAUGGAGCAAAUCACAGACUGAUCAUUGACUGCUGUCAAAAAGAUGACGUAGGUGCGUAUGGCUUUGAAGCGGACGGACGUAAAUCGGAAGCAACGCUGACUAUUCGAGACCCACCGAAGAUUGACAGUAAUUCUCUUGGAGAGUUUUCAAAGCCAGUGACGGUAAAAGCGGGCGAAAGUGCAAAAUGGAAGCUUCUUUUCUCCGGCGGGAAACCGCUGAACAUGAAGUGGUACAAGGACGACAACGAACUUGCGCCUGCUCCCACUGUGAAGAUUGACAAAUCAUCCACCAGCAGCAAGCUUUGCCUGACCAAAUGUCAAAGGAAAGACAGUGGCGAGGUCAAACUGAGAAUAAAAAAUGAAUUCGGUACGACAGAAGCUGUUUCCAGACUGAUAGUACUGGACAAACCGGUGCCGCCGCAAGGACCCGUGGACAUUGUGGAGAGUGGCGUGACAUCUAUCGAGUUCAAAUGGAAUCCGCCAAAAGACAACGGCGGAUGUCCGGUCACAAACUACAUCGUAGAACGCCAGCAGAUCGGACGCAACAAGUGGACCACUCUGGGGGAGAUAGGCGGCAGUAGACCGGAGUACAGAGACUCCAACGUGGACCCUGGGAGAAGAUACUGUUAUCGAAUCAGAGCCAGGAACUCAGAAGGCAUCAGUGACUUCCUGCAGACUGAAGACAUAUCAGCUGGUGCUUUGCGUUAUCCCGGAGCCCCUUCGGCACCUAAAGUGGUCUGCGCCUUCAAAGACUGCAUUAGUCUGAAGUGGUCGGUCCCAUCUGACACCGGCGGGAUCCCGGUUGUUGGAUACAAUUUGGAAAGGAGGAAGAAAGGCAGUAGUUACUGGAGCCUAGUAAACCAAGGAGGACCAAUAAAGGAACCAAAGUAUGAGGUGAAAGAUGUCAUUGAGGGGGCAGCGUAUGAAUUCAGAGUGUCAGCCAUCAAUCUCUGCGGUCAUGGAGAUCCAAGCCUGCCGUCCGAUGCCGUGACUGCAAGAGAUCCAAUGAAAGUUCCAGGCAAAGUCACAGGCCUGAAAGUAGCAUCCAACGAUUACACAACCUUGUCGCUGGCCUGGACUAAACCCAAGCACGAGACCGGGUCGCAUGGCGAACCCCAAGGCUACUACGUGGAGAUCAGACCCGUGGCCAGUUCCGAGUGGGUCCGUUGCAACGCCCUCCCAGUCACGCCCACUACUUACACCGUGCACGGCUUGAUUCCCAUGGCCGCGUAUUUUGUGAGGGUAAUCGCUACCAAUUAUGGGGGCGACGGAGAACCUCAGAGCUUUGACAAACACAUCAUCGCCAUGCCUCCUCCUGUAAGGCCACAGUUCAAAGAUCGCAAAAUAAAGAGCUUCGUGGUGGUGAAAUCAGGAAAUACCCUUUGUCUCAACAUCCCCUUCGAGGCUUCACCCCUCCCAGAGGUCUCCUGGUUGAAGGACGGUGGUGCAGUGGGCAAACAUGUCACAAUUACCAACUUUGAUAAAGGUUCUCAGAUGUUGAUCCCAAUGGCUCAGCGGUCUGACUCUGGGGUCUACACCAUCACGGUCAAGAACCUUGUUGGCCAAGAGAGUAUAAAUGUUGAAAUUAGAGUAACAGACGACCCUAAGCCUCCGGGUCCACUGGAGCUGGAGCAGAUAGUCCCGGGAACAGUGACUUUGUCCUGGGCACCCUCUCCAGACGAGAAGAAGGAUGACAGGUUGCACUACAGUGUAUCCAAAAGGGAUUCCUUUAAACGCACUUGGAAGACGGUGGCGGACGGCCUCUACAACAACAAGUUCACGGUCAUUGACAUCGUGCCCGGGCGAGAGUAUCACUUUAGGGUGUUUGCUCAGAACGACAUGGGCCCUUCAGUGCCAGCUGUGUCACCGCCCUUUGAAAUCCAGAAGGAACGAGAAAAGUUCAAAGUGAACAUGCCACGGACGAAGCCUUUGGACUUGUCGUCACCGGCUGCGUUCAUCAAACGACUGAGGCGUCGCACGCCUCCGGAAGGUUACGAGUGCCACAUGAGCUGCGCGGUCAAGGGCGACCCGACUCCGAGGGUGACGUGGUACCGCAACAAUAUCAGCGUGAACACGGACGCCAACUACUUCAUCAGCAACGUCUGCGGAGUCUGCUCCUUGCUCAUUCUGAGGGUGGGGCCCAAGGACGGCGGGGAGUACAAAGUGGUGGUCGACAACGGUCGAGGAUUAGCCGAGAGCUCGAUGAUUCUGUUCGUCAGAGAGUGAAGCGGCAUCAGCAGCUUAGGGCGUACUCACACUACGCCAAGUACAAGUCCACCUUUACCAAUCGUACCAAAGGAUGGGAAGCGUAACGAACCUGAGCACAGAUCAUACCUGGCAACAUUUGCAUUUCAACCGAAGGAAAACAGGGACUUUAACGACCAGAAUUCAGGAAUUUUACUUGGUGUUGGCACGAUUUGACUGUGUCGACUGAUGCUCUAAUGUAAUCUCUUUACUAUUUAUGACAAAAAACUGUUGAAUUGAACUGAAGUCAAUUUAAUUAAUUGCACUGAACUUAAGUUGAAGUGGGUCCAAGCACAGUACGAUUGGUUUAGUGCAUGACUA